AAUAAACAGAUAAGGACAAGUUCUUUUUUCUCUAUUUUUUUGCGCGUUAUAUGCCAAUUCUCUUAUUUCUUCUUCUGUAGAAAAAAGGAAAAAUCAACUCACUUUGGAUCACCAAAAUUUUUCAACAUCAAAGAAAAUAGAUUCCAAUUUAUCCUUGUUUUAUUCACUCGUCGGUCCGAUCCCGGUUUAAGCCUUUCAAUUUAACCCCUCAUUUCUAGGGUUUCUUUUUUUCCUCUCUGUUUCUACUGUUUCUCGCUGGAGUUCGUUGGUUUAUUUUGGUGAAUUGGAAUCGUUAAGAGAGAAGGAUUGUGAUUCUAGGGUUUCUUUUUAAAUGAGUGAGUGAGUUGUGUUUUUCUGACUAUGGCUACCAUGCAUAGAGUUGUACAGUCCAGUGUGAGUACGAGCGACGCUACCACUACCAGCUACGACGGCUUGACGUCAUGCAAAGCAGCGGAUAUUGUGAUCUCUGAUCAGUUCCCGGCUGGGUUGAGGGUUCUAGUUGUGGACGAUGACAUUACCUGCUUAAAAAUCCUCGAGCAGAUGCUUCACCGUUGCCGCUAUCACGUUACUACUUGUCCCCAAGCCAAAGUUGCUCUGAACCUUUUACGGGAGAGAAAAGGGUGUUUUGAUGUGAUACUAAGUGAUGUUUAUAUGCCAGAUAUGGAUGGUUAUAAACUCCUCGAACAUGUUGGGCUUGAAAUGGAUCUUCCAGUAAUUAUGAUGUCGGCUGAUGGGAGCACACGUGCUGUUAUGAAGGGAAUUAGACAUGGGGCUUGUGAUUAUUUGAUUAAGCCCAUACGUGAGGAAGAAUUAAAGAAUAUAUGGCAGCAUGUUGUGAGGAAGAAAUGGAAUGAGAAUAAGGAGCUAGAACAUUCAGGAAGCUUAGAUGAUACUGAUCAGCAUAAACAAAGGCAUGAUGAUGCUGAAUAUGCUUCUUCCGUCAAUGAUGCAACAGAGACAUCAUUGAAACCUCUGAAAAAGAGGAGCAAUUCAAAAGAAGAGGAUGAUGGUGAAAUUGACAAUGAUGAUCCAUCCACAUCAAAGAAACCACGUGUUGUUUGGUCAGUGGAACUGCACCAACAAUUUGUCAGUGCUGUAAACCAGCUAGGGAUUGAUAAGGCUGUUCCCAAGAGAAUUCUUGAGCUGAUGAAUGUACCUGGUUUAACUAGAGAAAAUGUUGCCAGCCAUUUGCAGAAAUUCAGACUAUACUUGAAAAGAAUAAGUGGAGUGGCUCAACAAGGUGGUAUUGCUAAUCCACUUUGUGGGCCAGUAGAAGCAAAUGUUAAAAUUGGUUCACUUGGAAGUUUUAACAUCCAAGCAUUGGCUGCCUCUGGACAAAUUCCUCCACAAACCUUAGCAGCUCUCCAUGCUGAGCUCUUAGGUCGAUCUGCUGGCAAUUUAGUUGUGGCUACGGACCAGCCAGCACUUCUUCAAGCAACCCCUCAAGGGCCCAAGUGUAUUCAAGUUGAUCAUGGAGUCGCAUUUGUUCAACAUUCAGUAAAAAGCGAAUCCAGUAGCUCCAAACACUUCUCACAAUCCUUUGCACCUGUUGAAGAUGUUGCUUCAGGGUUCAGAUCAUGGCCCUCUAAUAACAUUGGUACGGCAGGACCCAGUAAUAGUGGAGGGUUAAGUUCUCAGAAUGGUAACAUGCUUAUUGAUUUGUUGCAACAACAGCAACAACUCCAGAAACCACAGCAGCGAUCUACUGUUUCUGAGCUGCGCCGCUCAAUCAAUGUGCAGCCUUCUUGCCAUGUUGUACCCUCUCAGUCAUCUGCUAGUUUUCGAGCAGGAAAUAGUCCCGUUUCUGUGACCCAAAAUGGCAGCUAUAGCAGGACUGCUGUUAUUGAUUACAGUCUUCUUUCAUCUCAAUCAAAUUGUCCUUCAUUGAAUAUUGGGCAAGUAUCAGAUGUGAAUCUCCAAACUACAGGCGUUCUUAGUGGUUACAUACCCCCUGCUUCUGUUUCUCCAUCUGUUUCAUCUUGCUCAGUAAAUGCUGACAAUUGUGCUAGUCAGCAAGUUCAAACUUCAAGCAUGACAUUUAAAGCAUCCAGGCGUUUGCCAGGAUUUGUCCAUAGCACGAGUAAUAUCCCGGAUCCUUAUGGUUCUACUAAGUCUGGGGAUUUGCUCAAUCAAGAACCUUUUAAUAAUCUUGGAUAUAUUAAUAAAGGAACUUGCCUUCCAGCCAAGUUUGCUGUUGAUGAAUUUCAAUCACAUUUGAGCAGCUCUAGCCAUGGAAAGGUUUUUAGUGAGAACAUUGGUACCAGAGUGAAGCAGGAGCCUAGUAUGGAGUUUGGGGAUAAUGCAAAAGUGGGAAUCCCAAUGCUACAACAAUUUCCUCCAAAUGAUCUCAUGAGUGUUUUCACCGAAUAGGCUUGCAUUGUGUGGUGAGGAAUACCUUUCUUAGUUCUCUGUGUUGUUGGAGCUUAUUAUGCAGAAGCAGGUGUUGAGAAAGUUUCAAAUUGAAGUCUUAUUUUUUACUAUAGAAAGUAAAUCCGGUGAAGCUACUUGGUAUAUGGAAUUCCAAAAUAGUAGGAACUUAAUUCUGCUCUCUUUUGUACAUUUGGGGCAAUGGCGUAGGCUUUACUCAUGUCUAGCCGCUAUCUUUAUGUCGUAAUUAGUCUUAAGGAAAAAUAAGCUGUGUAGGAUAAUAGCUUGAAUUUAGGUCUCUUGCCAACAUAAUUGCGCGGAGUACUUGGGUAGUGAUGUUAGAGUUAUCAUUUAAUUUAAUACUCAAAUGAGUCUGUGUAUUUUUGCACAUUUUUUAUACUCUUUAGUCUCUUUAUCUCGUAAUACUGUUAAUAUACUAAUUAUUCAUGGUUGGGCGAGUACCCGGCAUUUAGUUCA